GAGACAGGGGCGGAGGAAGAUGGUAUAUAAGCAGGCGGAGGAAGGAAGGAAAACACACAACCUUUCCUCCAACCAUGGCUCUCCUGAUCUUGUUAGGUCUGGCCGCCACGGCCGCGGCGGGCACCCUCAACACCUACUCCGCACCCGGACACGGUGGUGGCGGCGGAGGCGGUUUCAUCAGUGGCGGCGGCGGCGGCGGCGGCGGCUUCAUCAGUGGCGGUGGCGGCGGUGGCGGCUAUGGUGGCGGCGGCGGCGGCGGCGGCGGCGGCGGCGGCUUCAUCGGUGGCGGCGGCGGCGGCGGCGGCGGCUUCAUCGGUGGCGGCGGCGGCGGCGGCUUCAUCGGUGGCGGGGGCGGCGGCGGCUUCAUCGGCGGCGGGUGCGGCGGCGGCCUGGUGAGUGACGGGACCGGCAGGUGUGUGUCGCCCAGGGUGACACGUAACCUGUACGUGUUCUCCGCGCCCCCCGUGUCCCCCAGUGUGGGCCCACCGCCCAUCGUGCCGCCGCCCCGCGUCAUCCAUAACGUGGUGUUCAUCCGCACGCCAGAGGGCGGCCUGGGCACGCAGCCCAUCGUUGUGCCGCCGCCACGCCAGAAGAACAUCGUAUACGUGCUCAACAAGCGCCAGCAGCUGCAGCAGUCGGUGGUGCACGUGCCUGACGCCCCGCAGGAGCGCCCAGAGGUGUACUUCGUCAACUACAACGAUGGCGACAAUCCUUCCCUGCCAACCGGCGGCGACCUGCGCUCCGCCCUCAGCCAGGCCUCGCACAGCAGCGGUGAGGUGGUGGGAGGCGGCGGCGGCGGCAUCAUCGGCGGCGGCGGCAUCAUCGGCGGCGGCGGCAUCAUCGGCGGCGGAGGCGGAGGCGGAGGCUACGGCGGCGGCGGCGGCGGCGGCGGCUUCAUCGGCGGCGGCGGCGGCGGCUUCAUCAGCGACGGCGACAGUCACGAGUUCAUCGGCGGCGGCGGCGGGGGCAGCAUCAUCAGCGGCGGCAGCAUCAUCGGCGGCGGCGACAGUCACGAAUUCAUCGGCGGCGGCGGCAUCUCCACUAGCUACGGCACGCCCUGAGCCGCGCCCCACCCGGCACCGCCACUCCUACUUGUUAAGCCUCAAAUACUCAUGUCACUCCAUUCUCUACUAUGAGAGACUACCUUCCAUUGGUUGAUUCGUGCCAAUAAAAGUUUACAUCUUUA